AUGUCCCGCCGCUUUGCCUCCCGCCCCACUGGUCCUGGUCUAUGCCCAACAUUACAACUCACUGGAUCUUGCCCAAGUUCGGCAUGCCCCUAUGAUCAUGCUGUGCUCAAGUGCGAUGUUUGCAAGGUUACGUUCAACACCCAAGAGUUACUCGACCAUCACCUGCAAAGCCGGAGCCACCUGAACAAAGUGACUGGCGCCAAUGGCAACUUUUUCUGCCCCAUCUGCAAGAAAGCUGUAUCCGGGUCGAAGACCUGGCUUCAACAUCUCGAGUCGGGGAGACAUAAGGAUAGAGCAACUGAGCAAAGUCGUUCUCCUGACGUUCAACCUGAAGAGGUACCAGUGCCGAAUGACCACCGAAUGUGCACGGCAUGCGGCUAUGUCGUGCCCAUUCAGCGCUGGUCCCAGCACAUACGGAAGCAGGCGCAUGCUCGACGAGAGCUAUUUCACUCUUUCAAAGCGGUGCUGGACGACGCUGCGAAGGAUCGCAAUGGCGUGACCGUGAGCAAGCCUGACGGUAUCGACUUCGGGGUUGUCAACCCCGGCGAAGUCCCAUACGCAGAUCUUGUCGUCAAACUUGAGGACCCGCGCGCGCGCGUCAGACUCGACGAAGUGAAGGUAGCACGUUCAGAUGGCUACGGAGGGUCUUCUCCCAGCAGUUUUUCUAUCUCCACCAGCGACUCUCUGGGAACGCCAUUAUCCUACGGUCGAGAGAAGCGUGUAACUGUCUCGCUGAGACAAUCCAUGAUCGGACACUACGACGAGCGUCUUGAGCUCAUCUUCGAGGACAUCACAUUAAAGCAGCGCUUCUUCAUUCUCCGCGGUCUGAAGGCGAUAGUUGGUGAUCGUGCGGAGUAUGAGGACAUGUUGCCGAAGGCGCCAUACGUUCCCCGUACGCGUACCCACCGCGAGCCAGAGACAGAUAUUGUUCCGGGUCCCGCACCCGAGGUUUCGAAUGCGCAACGAUGGGUUGCGCCUCUACCUGGAGCGUAUAUUCCUAAGAAUCUUGCCGCAGCUCUCAGGAUCGGGUCACCAGACAAGAUCCUCGGUGACCUGAAGAGGACAUUUCUUCCAGCGGUGAUUAAUCCCGAGACUUACGGGCGGUUUUGGAAGGUUGUCAUCUGGACAGAAGAAAACCGCAUGGAACAUGAUCUCCAAUUCUACGAUAUCGAAAACGCUGAGCUUACACCCCGUACUGCUCAUGCUAUCGGAGCAACCUCUGACCGCCACGCCACUUUGAGCUCCAGGACACAUACCAUCUACUACCUCCAGGUUCCUGGGCUGGCCGAAAAGCGUCCCAGCGUGCUGAAGGGUGAUCGUAUCUUUGUGCACCCCUCCGGCGCCCCACGCGGAAAGUGGUACGAAGGACACGUGCACAUUGUGCGCCAGGCUGAGGUUGGCUUGCGUUUCCAUGUGUCGUUCCCGUUCCAACGAAGCGAGGGUCAUUCAGUGCGCUUCAAACUCAAUCGCACCCCUCUUCGCCGUCAACACCAGGCUCUCGAUGUCGCAUUUUCCGCUGCGCAACUGCUAUUUCCUUCUGAGGAGGAUAUCAUUGACGUGGACAACAAAGUCAAUCGAUUUCGCCCUUUCAAUCCACUCAUUUCCGGCAACGCACCUCAGUUGGCUGCUGUGAAAGCGAUCGCCAACCUUCCUGGCGGAUCCCCACCGUUCAUUAUAUUCGGACCGCCAGGUACCGGGAAAACCAUUACACUAGUCGAAGCGAUACUUCAGUUUGUGACCCUGUUCCCGAAUACACACGCCCUAAUCUGUGCGCCGAGCAACUCAGCGGUAGAUCUUAUAGCUCAGCGUCUGAGCACCCACCUCCGACCGGAGCAGCUAUUCAGGUACUAUGCGCCCUCACGGUCGAAGGAUGACGUCCCGACUGAGCUGCUACCAUACACGCUCGUGGACCGCGACGGAAACCUCGGUGCGCCUCUCGUGGCGACGCUGAAGCGCUACCGCGUAAUCGUAUGUACCUGCGUAUCGGCAUCAUUUGCACACGGACUCGGUAUACCGCGCGGUCACUUCGACACCAUUUUUGUAGAUGAGGCUGGCCAGGCGACAGAACCCGAAGUCAUGAUUGCGGUCAAGACAAUGGCGGAUCUCCAAACAAACGUUGUCCUCGCUGGCGAUCCCAGACAGCUCGGGCCGAUCAUCCGGUCUGCAGUUGCGCGCAAGCUUGGUCUGGCAAAGAGCUAUCUCGAACGCCUCAUGAGCGAGGAGCUUUACAAUCACCACAACUGGCACGGCCGCACCGUCGUCAAGCUUACCAACAACUAUCGAUCCCAUGAAGCGAUCCUCACGUACCCGAAUCAACACUUUUAUGAAGGAGAGCUCGUCCCCUGCGCCGAUGCGCGCACUCGUAACUCUUGCUUGGACAGCUCUGUCCUUGUCAAUAAGAAGUUCCCCGUCGUGUUUCAUGCUAUGAGUGGUAAAGACGAUCGCGAAGCCUCGUCUCCUUCGUUCUUCAACAUCAGCGAGGUUCAGCAGAUCAAGCAAUACGUCGAGGCACUACGCUCGGAUCGGCGCCUCCGAAUCUCAUCUAAGGACAUCGGCAUUGUUGCUCCCUAUCACGCACAGUGUCAGAAGAUCAAGAAGAUCCUGCGCGCUCUGGGCGCAGAGGAUAUCAAGGUCGGGAGCACGGAGGAGUUUCAAGGACAAGAGCGUCGCGUUAUGCUCAUCUCGACAGUCCGGAGUAGCCGUGAGUUUGUCGAGUACGACAUUCGCCACACACUAGGUUUCGUGGCAAACCCAAGCCGCUUCAACGUUGCCAUCACGCGCGCACAGGCCCUGCUCAUCGUUGUCGGUGACCCCAAUGUUCUUGGUCUCGACCCGAUCUGGAGAGGCUUCCUCAAUUAUAUCCACGUGAACGGUGGGUGGAAGGGUCUUCCCAUCCCAUGGGAUCCGCGUGAGGCCGUACGCGAAGAGGGAGGAUACGAUCAAGAGGUGCGGCAACGCGGGGCGGCAGAUCUGAAUGAUCUCACUGCGCGUAUACAAGCCAUGAGUUUUGAUGCAGAGGAAGAAGGUGCCGCGGUGGAAAGGCCAUGGGUCGAACCUGAGUAG